AUGGCGCCCCAGCUUGUCUUUGGAGCGGGUGUUCUCGGCAUGGACGGGAUGGAGUUCCAAGACCGUGAGUCCGUCACAAAAUUGCUCGUGACGCUCAAGGAGCUUGGCGUCAUCCGUCUGGACACUGCCGCGCGCUACCCGCUCUUCAAUCCGGGCAAGUCGGAACGGCUUCUCGGGGAGGCCAAUGCCGUCAGCGGAGAGUUUGUGAUUGACACCAAAGUAUAUACUGAGGUGGGUGAUGGUAGCGGUGACCUGACCCGCGCAGCCAUGGAAAAGUCCGUGACCGGCAGCCUCGAGCGUCUGGAUCGACCGGAAGGCGUCAACGUGCUCUUCGCGCACCGCCCGGAUCCCGCGACGCCGCUUGAGGAACAAGUGCAAAGCUUCCAGGAUCAGGUUGCUCGAGGUCAUGCCAAGGCAUGGGGCGUGGCGAACCACCCGCCAGAGACACUACAGAAGAUUAUCGAGUUGUGCGAGCAGAGGAGCUGGCUGAAGCCGUCCUGGUAUCAGGGCGGAUACAGUAUGCUUACACGCGGCCCAGAGACGCGCUUGUUCCCUAUUCUACGCGCUCAUGGCAUGUCAUUUCUCGCAUCGCACGCGCUCGCCUCGGGUUUCCUAACGGGCAAGCACAUAGAUGACAAUGGAAAUCCGACUGGCCGUUUUGCUCAAAGCGGAUAUGCCGCUCCGGAGGUGGCGACUGCGAUGAAGAAGUUCAUAGCUGGCUGUGCGAGCAAGCUGGCCCAGGUUGGCGACACAGUAGCGAAUAUCCGCAGGGGUCCGCUGCCCGCGCCGGUAGUGACAUUGGUUGACGAGCUUUGGGACGCAGUGAAACCUAUACGAGGCUCGAUGAUUUGA